CGCCGUUCCGUAGCAACCGGGCUCAUGUGACGGCCGUGCCACCAGGCUGGACCGAAGGGGAAGGAGAUGUUCUUGUCAUCACAGAAAGAGGAGGACUCCACCCGAAAUGGGGCCCCUUCGCCUCGUCCCUCUGCUCGCCUCUCUCCAGAUACUUCUCCCACUGGGAUCACCUACAGACCUUCCUCCUCCUCCCAACAUCACCGUGACGCCGGAGAAAACGGAGUAUCUCAUCGGAGAUGCCAUCUCCAUCCGAUGCGUGGCCCCCUGGUCGAAGGAGCGGAUGCAAGGUUUUCAGUUUUUGGGGACAAGCGGCUGGGCCGUGGAUGUCAGGACGGCGAAGAGGAGCUACACCUACCGCUUCAACGUCACGGGGCCGAAGGACGGGGGGUCGCACGCUUGCACGUACACCGUCGUCAACCAGUUCCGCCGACCCGUCCGCUCCCAGGAGAGCAAAUUCGUCUUCCUCAGCGUUAAAGACCAUCCGCCUCAACCCACGUUGGUCUUGAAUUCUUCAACCGGCGUCACGAUCGAAGGCCAACCCCUCGUCUUCCUCUGCACGGCCCCGGCGGGGGAUGCAGAGCGGAGGUUUCAUUUCUACAAGAAGAAGGUCGAGGUCACCAACUGGGCCAAGCUGACCUCGGGCUACACCGAAGCCCAGCUCCAGGUGGCGAAGAGCGGCCAGAACGACACCGGCAACUUCACCUGCGGUUACGACGAGAAAACCGAAGGGCGCUGGAUCCCGUCCUACCCCAGCCAAGCCGUGGAAGUCCUCGUGAAAGAGCCCGCUUCGGCUCCCCGCUUGGGAGUAGACCCUCCCUCCGGGGUGGUGAGCGAAGACCGCCCCUUACGUCUCACCUGCGUCGCCUCCAGAGAUGACUUCAGGUUGAGGUUUGGCUUCUACAGGAACGGGGUGAAGAUCCCACCAGGCCAAGCGGGCUCAAAAACCAGGAACACUGGGAAUUCCUCCGAGCUCCUCUUCCCGCAAAGCCCCAGGAGCUUCAGCGGGAAAUUCAGCUGCGAGGUGGAGGAGGAGGUGGGCGGGACGUGGGUGCCGUCACCCCGAAGCGAAGCGGUGGACGUUACCGUGAAGGAUUGUCCCUCCCAGCCUGCUUUGCUCCUGGACCCCCCAUCCGGAGAAGUCGUUGACGGCGACCCCUUGCUCCUCACCUGCGUGGCCAACGGCCCCGCCGCCCAACGGAAAUUUUUCUUCUACAAAGACGGCGCCGAGCAAUUUUCGGAGACGGCCACGAAGGACCGCUCGCUCUUCAACAUCCCCGAGGCCAAAGCCACCGUCGCCACCGGCCAAUUCACCUGUCGGUACGAGGAGAGGGUCAGCGAUACGUGGAUCUCGUCUCCGUUCAGCCAAGCCAUGAUGGUCCUCACGCAAGCCCGGUCUCAGCUCAUCCCAUUGGUGGCCGGCUGCGCCGCCGGCGCCGCCACGUUGCUCCUGGGGCUCCUAUUGGUUGUUUGCUUCUGUCGGAAGCGGAGAGGUGGUGUUCACUGGAAGGGGGCUCCACAACAAGGACGACCCAAGCACCUACCCAAUGGCCAACGUCAACAGCAGCAUCAGCUGACCUUGAAGGCCACCCGGACCCAACCCCUUCUCCACGGCGGCGGGGAGAAGGAGAGGACAACCCUUCUCCUUCCAAGCCGCUCAACCCACCGUCGGCUUUGUAGGUCCACCCCGUGCCAGUAAACAUCUCCUCAAUCCCU